AUGGAGGAUGAAGCACGGGGCCAAGACCUCCGUGAGGGCCGAGCUCACAGUGCCCUUCCAAGUCUUUGCCUCGAAUCGCCUUGCGUCGUGGGUCAAGUGGUGCAUCCAGCAGUGCCCACGGCGGCAGUUCCGGCGGAUCCGGCGGUUCCGGCAGUGCCAGCAGCUGCGAUGUCUUCGGGUCCGCAGGCUCAGAACGAAGCGCAGCAGGCGCCGGGAAUUCCAGAGUGCCCGGUGCCCGUCAGUGCAGGGAGCUUGGGGCAUCCGGAGCUUUGCCAGCGCCCGUGCGUGCACGUCGCGGGCGGGAGGCAGUGUGAGGCGGGUGAGACGUGCAACUAUUGCCAUCGUCCUCACCGCCAUGUCUCGAUGCUGGAUGUGCGACAGCGUCGCAUCUUCGACAAGAUGCCCAAGGCCGAGUUUCUCCGCUUGGCCCUCCAGUUGCUGGAGGACAGGGCCCGCACCGUGGAGCUUCGUGGCACGGAGGUCUUCGCCAUCUUCGGGAUCUUAGAAGAUGAGAUGCGCGCGGAGAUUUCUCAGACUCCGCGUGGGCCGCCGCAGGCGCUGAUGCGCAACCUGCGUGCGGCGAACUUCAGCACCUUGGUGAGCUUGGCUGUACGGAAGUGCACGGAGGACGCCAAGAUCCGUAUCCGGGGGGCGAUGCAGGCCUUGCGGGCACAGGCCUCUGGGGCGCAAGCUAGCGCAAGCUAG